GAGACCCUUGUGUUUCGCCGCUCAAGUGGGCACAAAUGAGCCCAUCCCUUAAUCAGUCUGGCUCGAGAUCCGUCUUGCUCCGGCGCGCAACUCCCCAGGAGCCGCAGCCAUGCCGUCGCCGCCACUCCAGGGCUGCGCGCGGGCUGAAGGCCAGAUGCGUCCGAACCUCUCGUGGAUCAGGGCGGCGCUGGGCACAUCCCCAGACUCGGUGCGGCGCGUUGCGGAGGCGUUCCUCGUGGGCAAGGGAUGCCCGCAGGGCGACGCGCUGGACUUCGCGGCGGCGUCUGCGAGGCUCGCAUGCGCUGGGCUGGGCGCCGUGGGCGACCCGGCCCGUCCAGGCAGCAGUGCCGUGUUGCAGGCUGCCGUCGCCGCCUCCACCGCUUGCGAGCAGCAGUCGUUGCUGGACGGGGAGCCGCUCGCUGCGAGCGACAGGAUCGCUUUACAACACGCCUCGCUCCUCGCCGGCCUCGGCCUCGCCGCCGCGGCGGCGCAGUCAGGCGAACACGAGACAGCGCUUGAGGCGCUGAAGGCGGCCGCAAACUUGGCGGAGCCUGCGCACGCGCAGGCGUGGUUCGACGCGUGCGUCGCGUAUGGCUUCGAGCACAUCCGCCAGGGCCGCCUAGCUUUGGCAGUGGCGACGCUGCGUCUGGCCCAGGAAGCCUUGGGAGGUGCGCUGCCUUGCGCAGAGGCGACGCGCCUGGAGGCCUGGCUGCUGAGGCAGCUGGCCGCAUGUCACCUGGCGGCCGGCGACCCCGCCCUCGCCAUACCCCUCGCGGAGAGGGCCGCGGAGAGCGCCGGGUGUGACGCAGCUUGCCUCGCGCAGUCGCUACGCCUGGCACUCCGCGCCCGCUGCGCUCUCGCGGCAUCGGCACCUGGCGGCGCCGCGGGCGCCGACCUCGAGCGUGCUGCGCUCGCCGUCGCCACUUGCGAGGGUGCCACGCCUCAGGAUGGCCUGGAGGUCUGUUGCGAGCUGAUGGCGUCUGGCCUGCCUGCGCCAGCGCUCGUUGUGCUCGCUGCGCUCCGCCAAAGCCUGCAAGAGGGUGCCCCGCCGCCUUGGCUCUCGCGCUUGGAGCUUGCAGCCACGGCCAACCUGACGCGUGUCCAAGUCAUGCGGCCGGGCGACUCUCCGCAGCUAUGCGCAGGCGCGGCGUCGGGCUGCGACACCUCGGAGCUCGAGGCCGCAAAGGUGGCACACGUGUGGAACAUCGCAUGUGGAGCUUUCGAUGCAGGAAAGCCUGACGUUGCGGCGGCGUGGCUGCGCGAGCUCCCACAGGGAAAGACUCCCCCAACGGCAAAGUGGGGGCUGGCAUCGGCGCUGGCGCUGUGCCUCUGGUGCGGCGGUGAGGCUGCGGAAGCCAGGCUCGAGGCUAAGGCCGCCCUGGCGCUGGACGCCGCGGACGCGAGAGCCUCAGCCGUGCUCCUCGCCACGGAGGCGGGCGAUCUGGCCACCUGCGCCACCGUGCGGGUUCUGCCGGCGCGCGCAGCGCAUGCGUUGGCCAGGGCGGCGGUCGCUGGCUCUGCGCGGCCGCUCGAGGCCUCGGCGUGUUUACUGGCGGUGGCCAGCGCGGUCCGGGCGGGUUGGCCGCCCGAGGAGGAUGGCGACGUUGGCAUGGAACAGGCGGCAGAUAUCCUACUGUUGCUGGCGCAGGCGGCCUCGGACGCGGCUACGGCUCCGGCAACAGGCGGCGGCGGCGCUCCUCCAGCUGCCCCCGCGCGUGUCCCGCUUGGCGCUGGCGCCGAAGAGCUGUGGGCCGCCGCGGUGGGCGCCCUCGAAGCGCUCACUGCCCGCGCGCAGGGCUGCGCGGCACGCCGUGUAUUCGAGUCGCUCUGGAAUGCUGGGCGAGCGCUCGCGCAGGUGGGGAGCUGGGAGCUGUGCGCCCGCGCAUUCCUGGGCGCAGCCCAUGCCCGGAAGCGUUGCGGAGCAGAUGCCCCUGACACGGCCGGCGGCGCUCCAGGUGGCGAGGGUGAUCGCGCCAGUGCCAAUAUCCACGUGCAGUGGCAGGAUGCAGAGGCGGCGCAGAUGUGCCUCGUUGCGCACAUGGCGGCGCUGCUGGAGCUGGCACGUCAGAGCCCUGCGGCCUGUGCCCCAGAGGACGCCGCCGCGAGCCGGGAGCGCUACGCGCGUGCCGCACAGGCAGCGCCAGACGCGCACGAGGCCUGCCAGUGGGCGUCGGCCAUGCGGCUCCAGCAGCUCGGCCCGGAAGCCGGCGGCACGGCGAACAAAGCGCUGCCGCUGGUCCUCCUGAUGGAGUUCGAGGCACGCGCGCAGGCCAAGUUCUCGGGCCUCAGCCCGUUCUUGUCGGAGGCCGCGGCCAAAGGCUUGCUGCACCCGAAGUGCUACUUGAUGAUGGCGCGACUGGCCAUGCGCUCGGGGUGCCGCGAGGCGUCCGUGCAGAGCAUCCGCUUGUACCUCCACGCCACUGCGAAGGCUGCAGCCGCCAGCUCUGUCGAUCACAUGGACGUGUUUGCAAUGUCACUGCGUGAGCUGGUCGGCAUGUAUCCCUCUCGCAAUGACAGCUUCUACUGCUUCGAGGAGGCACUGUCGCUGCUGCAGGGCGUGAGGGGCGUGGCGCAGGCCUUCCCCUCGCAGGAGGUGCUGUGGCUGGCCACUGUGGCCUGGAACAACGGAGCCUGCUUCGGCAGGGAGGGGGAGCUCCAGUGGGCGCAGAAGUGGAUCGGUGUGUCCUUGGGCUUUCUGGAUUUCUGCCCAGCACUGGCGUGCCACAGGGCCACCAUGUUGGAGGCAUAUAAUCAAUGUCGCAGAGCCUCCACGGAGGCGAUGCCAGCUCAAGGUGAGACGUGAAUUCAGGCAGGCAUAGUGGGUUGGUACUGUGCCUCCUUAGAGUGGUGCGUGGCAGGGAACCUGCAUCUCUCAACGCUGAAUUCGCACCCGCACGCGCGCUGUCCAGCACGGAGUCGAUUCGAGAUUCGCUCUGGAC